CCCUCACCUCCCUUCCCGCAACGUCUCGCGCCAUGUCGCUCGCCCUCGCAGACGAGGUGCGCCUCGUGCGUGCGGCCCUCGACGCCCGCGAGCGCGCCUACGCGCCCUACUCCAAGUUCCGCGUCGGCGCGGCACUGCUGCUCGACGAUGGCAGCCUCGUGCCGGGCGCCAAUGUCGAGAAUGCCUCGUACGGCGCCGGCAUCUGCGCCGAGCGCACUGCGCUGUGCAGCUGGCGCGUCUCGGCAGCGACGCCUGCGCGCAUUGUCGCCGUGGGUGUGGCGUCCGACAUCGUAGCAUCGCCAUGUCCGCCGUGCGGCAUCUGCCGGCAGUUUCUGCGCGAGUUUGUGGCGCUCUCCACGCCCAUCUACAUGCCUCUCGCGGGCUGGAAGGAGGGCGACAAGGUCGAGGUGCGCACGCUCGAGCAGCUGCUGCCGCUCAGCUUCGGGCCCGACGAUCUGGACAAGCAGAAAUGACAUACAGCAUCGACAGCCAAA